AUGUUCAAUUUGAUUAAAUCAAAUACAACAACAACAACGAAUAGAUCAAUAUUAAGAUAUUCCUUUUCAUUAUUGACAAAGAAUAAUAAUCAUAAUCAAAGUUAUGUUGUAAAUAGUAAUCAUCAAUUUAGAUAUUGUAGUAGUAGUAAUAAUAACAGUAAUAAUCAAUUACAAGAUAGUAAUAAUAAUAAUAUAAAGAAAAAGAAAGAAGAAGAAGAAAUAACAACAGUAAUAACAAUUGAUAGUAAAGAGAUUGAAGCAAAUAUUAUAGUUGGUGAUGAACAAAGAAAACAACUAGAACAUACAGUGACAAGAUACUCUACAAACCCAGAUGUAGUAUCACCAAUCAAUCCAUUUGAAUAUUCAAUCAAGACUGUUGACGAUGCAUUACAAUUGCCUGGGUUGUCGAGAUCGGUAGGUCUCGAGUCGGUUUAUAUUGCCGGGUCGAUUCAUCAACAUCUUCGCAAUUCGAUGCCACUACUCAAGAAUUUGGUACAACAAAAUAAGAUGGAGAAUGCAUUUUCAUUGUUUCAAGUCAUGGAUAGAUACUAUGUACCAGUGUCUGAAGAAUGUUAUGAAUUGAUGCGAAAAAAGAUAGCAGUUGCCAUGAUUGAAGUUGCCAACUUUAACGAUGCCAUCCUUCGCGAGACAAAGAAUCCUGGCAGUGUACCUGACAAUCAACUAUACAUACCAACCAUGGAAACACUCAACACGGUGCUAAACUAUUAUACAGAGACUGAUCAAUUGGUUCAAGCUUUUCGUGUAUUCUUUUCAAUGAGACAACUUGGUCUCACUCCAAAUCAACAUACCUAUCGUUCACUUAUCAAUGCUUCAUUACGUUAUGAAGAUAUUGAUGUUGCUUUAUUUGCUUUUGAAAAUUUAAGACGAGAUGGAAUAUUAUUAGAAGAACAAACAUAUGAAAGAUUAUUUGAAAGUUGUUGUAAUUCAGUUCAUAUUGAUGGUGCAGUUGAUUUGUAUGCAACGAUGGUUAGAAAUUUCAAUAUUCCAACUAUUAAUAGAUGGGCAUAUCUAACAACACUUGGUAUCACUGGAUUUAUGAAUUGGUUUGGAUUGCCAAAGAGUACAAGAUCUGGAAGAGAAUGGGUAACCAGUCUUCAAGUAUCUCCAAGUAGAUACAUUUUCCCACCAAAGCAUGAGAAUCACAAACUACUCAAUCCAAUGAUACCAAAGGAAAUCAAGAAUAAAUUAUCAUCCGGAGCCAACAACAAUAAUAGUAAUAGUACUGGUGAUGUAAAUGGUUUAUUACCAUUUUUUUAG